AAAGAUAUUUUCGGAAACACGUGAAUGUUGUUCGUUGCUGUUGAAGAAUGCCCUCUGCCUCUACAAAAGUUGAGAUUCCGGCCUCUUCGGAGGCCCUCGACCCUUUUAAAAGGGUCCUUACAGUCGUCGAUAAGAAAGUCCGUAAUUUGGAAAAACGUAAGUUGAAACUUGACACGUUGAAGCAGAAGAAGGACUCUGGUGCAGACCUUGAAAAGGACCAACAGGUUGCAGUAGACCGGUAUGGAGAAGUUAUACAGAAUCUGGAGUUUGCCCGUGACCUCCAGAAACAGUUCCAGGCCAUCAGUGCAGAUGUGGAGAAGUUGUUGAAGAAACAAGCAAAGCGAGGAAAGUCUGAGAAGCAGUUGCAGGAAGUGAAACGAGUCAAGGAAGUUCUGCAGUUACAAGGUCUCCUUGACAACCUAGGCUCAGAAAAAGUGCGGCAAGACUUUCAGACAGGAAAACAUGGAGCCAUUGUGUUAACGGAAGAAAAUCUGGAUCAGUUAGACGAAUUGUACAAAAUGAUCAGUCCAACCAGAGAUGGCGAGACAGAUUACCUAGAGUCAUUGUCCGAGGCAUCAGAACAUAUUGUAUGUCUGCUAGAUGCCAAGGAUAAACCCGUUGUUGGAACUACAUCAUACAAGGAACUGAAAGAAUUACUGGAUCUGAUCUCACAGUGCGGUUAUUUUGAGAAGGCACAGGCUACAGAAGAAGGGGUAAAGGAAGGAGGUGAUGCCGAGUUUGAGGUUGUAGAACACACAGAUGUGCCCGCACCCGACUCUGAGGAAGUCCAGUCAUCAUUACCGCCAGAAGUACCGGCCGAAGAUACAGAAACUGAACCCGUCGCAACAGGACAACAAAUAAUGAACAAUGACACCUUAAAUACACAGCCACAGGUAAUCACAGCGCAAGCAGAUGUAUUCUUCAACACACCAGUAUCGUCUCAGACGGUAGAACAACAGCAAGCCGAGCUUGCAGCCCUCUCACAGCAGCAGAGACGUCCAUUCCAGGAAAUUGUCUCCUCCGUUCAGGGAAACUUUAACUUUCUGCAGGAAUCUACCAUUGAGGUGGAGGCUAAAAGAGAAUUCUCCCCACACAUGGAUCCUGCAGUUGUUGCAGCCCAUCCUAUGCCUCAGUCCCAACAGCCUCUCGGACGACCCCCAUCAAACCAGACACCAGACUCGUCCAGUCUACCACAGACAGGCUUCAGCAGUGCAUCAACGUUCGCGGAACAACAGUCAGCAUUUGGUGAUCAACAGUCACUGGACUCUGAAUUAUCAGUUAGCAAAGUUACCCAUGGAGGGUCAGUUGAUAAAAGUGUUUACUCACAAGCUAAUGUGGCUCCGUCACAGGACUUCUCAGGCUCUGCAUUCACACAGAGCAAUUUAUCUCAUUCUUUACAAACUGACAGUUUGUUUUCGGGCACAGUGUCAGCCGGUGAUUCAAAUACAGGAAACAGGGGCAUGAUGGGUAAAGGAGAAACUACAUCACAUACACAGUAUGAAAUUCCACCACAAUUACCUAUGCCGCCUGGUCAUGAACAGUCAGCUCAGGAUAACCAGCAGCAGUCGGAUCCGGAGAAGAAAGAUUUCCCAAUGAAUCCCAAUGCAACAGAAUUCCAGUCCCUUAUUUAUAAUCAAUCAGGCGAGGAAGCCGAGUCUGGCAAUAAAUCAUCUAAUGAUGGCUUUCAAGGUGGCACAUAUUCCAACAGUGGUUACAGUCAAGGUCCAAGAGAACAGCGGGGUGGUCGAGGAGGUUUCCGGGGUGGCAGAGGUGGGAACCGUGGUGGUAACAUGAGUAAUGGUUACAGCAGAGGUGGCAGAGGUAAUUACCAAGGCUAUCCACCCAGAGAUAACUACCGACCUGAUGGUUUCCAAGGAGGCUACAGCGGAAGCAACUACAAUAAUGGAGGAUUCCAGAAACGUGGAGAUAGUGGGCGCGGGGGAUCAUCUAGAGGUGGUAAUCGAGGAGGUGGACAGCGUGGCGGAUUCAAUCGUGGAGGUGGUGGUGGUGGUAGAGGUUCUGCUAGAGGAACAGGUCAAGGGUUUGGGCGCCCCAACUUCAACCAGCAGCAGCAGUAGAAGUGUGAAUAGACAUCAGUGGCUUGAUUGCAGUGUUUCGGACACUUGGUCAACAUUAGAAUGAUCUUUUGAAAAACACAUCAUAUGUGCUAUUGUUUUUAUCAACAACUGAAGUUUGUCAUGUGCUUUGCUAUACAUCACAUUUUCAUUUCUGUUUCAAAUUGCACCCACUUUAUUUGCAUUAUUUUCAUGUUUUGAAAAAAUUAUGUAGAUACAAGUCUGUUUUUGUAUUCAUUCUUUUCUGUUUACUGUAAGUAACUGUUUUACUAAUCUGUUUGUUUGCUGUUUCAUUUCGUUUCCAUGACGUUCAGUUUCAAAUAUGUUCCGUCUUGUAAAGUUCCUGCUGAGCUUCAGUUUCAAAAGUGCUAUAAAAAUCAUAGUUACAUUGUUGCUUAAAACACUGUUUUCAAGCCAACUUUUUCCUUUUUGUGCAAGUUUUUACGACUUGUGUAGAGGCAUUGAGCAUUGUGUGAACAAUUUAAACGUGUGAAAUCUGCCUUAUACCAGUAUAUAAAGCGAGCGAAUGUGUAGGUGUGUAGAGCACUUUUCAACAGCAAUGUACAAGGUAAUUUGUGAGAAGAUCUGAUUGGCUAGUCACAAAUUUUAUCAUUCAAGGUCGACAAGUCGGACCACUUUGUCAAUAGAGGGGCAUUAUGGUCUUAAAUCGAUCGACAAUCAUCAUUAUCAUCAUCAUCAUCAUUUAAACACCAAAUGGUCGUCACAUUAAAACGUUCCAUAAUUUUCACUUUAUAAACUGGUAUAAAGCUUGAAUGUGCAGUAUGCAAGUUAAUCACCUAAAAGUGCAAAUUUCAUUGGACACUACCAUAAGUUACUCAUGUUUUCUAUAGUUCCAGCAAUUUCCACUGCUUACAAUCUUUCAUUUCAGGAAUCCAAUACAAGACCGAGAUUAAAUGUUUAAAACAUCUUAGUUUAUAAUGCUGAUAAAUUACCGUAUUUAACUGAAUAAUACGCACCUUUGCACAAAACGCCAAUUAAAUUUUUGUUAGUUAAUUUUUAUCGUUGCGUUUUUGUUCAUAAAUGAUAAAAAUAAAAUCCAAAAAUGAUACAAAAUGACACUGAAAGUAUUUCAAGUAAGAUGUGGGGGGAAAAAAUCCUGAUGAAGGCGUAAGCGCCGAAACGUUGAUAAAAGAUCAAUAUUCGCAUGUCGUCGUUGAAUUUUACCAUCGUAUAGUAAGAUUUGGCUAAUAAUUAAAUAACGCUAGCGGUGAUCAGUUGGUCUUGUGUUGUAUUUCGCUGAACUGCCAGCUAUGACUUGUGUUGUGCUAAUCAACUUCUAAUGUAAACAUUACAAGUGGGUUUUUUUUUUUUGGUUUUUUAAAAAAAAACUUGUGUUUGUGUACCUUUUUUUGGAGGGAAAAAAUAGUGUGAAUGAAUGUUUAUGGAUUUUAGUUAGUCAAAUAUCUUUGCAGCAUUUUUUUUUUACCAGGUGAUUUUAUCUAAUAUGAUGCACAAAAGGUUUUUACGUGUCGUUGAUUUGUACUGACACGUAAAAAGCACUAUAGAAUCUGGUAUAGUUUGUUUCAAAAUUUGUAACAAAAAAAUCUCAGGAGUUGAAGAGAAAUAAAAUUUAUCUUAUUGCAACUUCUGAACAAAAAAAUAGAAAUAUUUGUUAAAAAAUCAGUUAAUAGAAUGUGUUGCGUGGAUUCAAUACCUCUUGAAAAAUUGCCAGUCUUCAGUCUCAAACACAUCUUUUUAGAUUUAUGAAAUGUAAUUUGUGUUUCAGAUAUUCCAAAAAUAUUCAUUGUAUUAAUAGAGGUGAACAAAAUAAACUGUUAGAACUUCAAAAUUGCAGUUUUAUACUCUGAAAUGACUGGUAAUUGGUUUGACAUGUAUUGAAGUCAAGACUAUCGACGUUGAAAAGAAAUAAAAGCAAAAGUUUCUAUUAGUUUUCACAGCUAAUUUGAAAGAUUUUUGUAUUCUGCACAACUGUUGUUUCAUCAUUUGGUAGAAUAAGGCAGUAUUGUGAGGCAAAAGUUGUCACAUUUAUAUAAAGAUAAAUCUUGUGAUGGCAUA